AUGUCGUCCAACCCGCCUCCGGCUCCCAGCGCCGGUGCCGCCCAAAAGAUCAACGUCGUCGACGGCCUCAACCUGCCGCCCUCGCCCGCGCCCUCGAGCCCGCGCAACGGCCGCCGCCGCUACGCCCUCGCCACCGAGCUCGUCUACACCGAGGGCAAGGACCAGUACGGCGCCUCGAGCACGCCCAUCUACCAGUCGGCCACCUUUAAGCAGACCUCGGCCGCCGGCGGCCAGCAAGAGUACGACUACACCCGCUCCGGCAACCCCACGCGCACCCAUCUCGAGCGCCACCUCGCCAAGAUCAUGGGCGCCCACCGCGCCCUCGCCGUCUCCUCGGGCAUGGGCGCCCUCGACGUCAUCACCCGCGUCCUCCGCCCCGGCGACGAGGUCAUCACCGGCGACGACCUCUACGGCGGCACCCACCGCCUGCUGACCUACCUCGCCUCCAACUCGGGCAUCGUCGUCCACCACGUCGACACCACCAAGGUCCAGGCCGUCGCCGACCGCAUCUCCCCCAAGACGGCCAUGGUCCUGCUCGAGACCCCGACCAACCCGCUCAUCAAGAUUGUCGACAUUCCCUCCAUCGCCGCCCGCGCCCACGACGCCAACCCCAAGGCCCUCGUCGUCGUCGACAACACCAUGCUCUCCCCCAUGCUCUGCAACCCGCUCGACCUCGGCGCCGACGUCGUCUACGAGUCGGGCACAAAGUACCUCUCGGGCCACCACGACAUCAUGGCCGGCGUCAUCGCCUGCAACGACCCCGCCGUCGGUGACAAGCUCUUCUUCACCAUCAACUCGACCGGCUGCGGCCUCUCCCCCAACGACUCCUUCCUCCUCAUGCGCGGCGUCAAGACGCUCGCCAUCCGCAUGGAGAAGCAGCAGGCCAACGCCCAGGCCAUCGCCGAGUUCCUCGAGCAGCGCGGCUUCCGCGUCCGCUACCCCGGCCUCAAGUCCCACCCCCAGUACGACCUGCACUGGUCCACCGCCCGCGGCGCCGGCGCCGUCCUGGCCUUUGAGACGGGCGACGCCGCCGUCUCCCAGCGCAUCGUCGAGGCCGCCCGCCUCUGGGCCAUCAGCGUCAGCUUCGGCUGCGUCAACAGCCUCAUCAGCAUGCCCUGCCAGAUGAGCCACGCCAGCAUCGACGCCAAGACCAGGGCCGAGCGCCAGAUGCCAGAAGAUAUCAUUCGUCUGUGCGUCGGCAUUGAGGAUGCCAAUGACUUGAUUGAGGAUCUAUCUCGUGCUCUGGUACAAGCUGGUGCUGUGACUGUGACUCUGGAUGGAUUUCACGCCGCUGGCGAAGCUGAAAAGCUUGGCCAAACACCCCUGACGAUUGAUUAA